CCCCAGUUGCCCAGGUCUCACUCCCACACCAGCUCCAGCGAGCGAGUCCAGAACGGACGCAGCACAUCAGCUGUCCGCCGGCCCCCAGCCCUCGCCCCGCGUCCAUGGCCGCGCCGAGACCCCGCGCCGUGCGGGCUGCGCUCUGUGGCGGCUGCUGCUGCCUCCUCCUGUGUGCCCAGCUCGCGGCGGCUGGUAAAGGAGCUCGAGGCUUUGGGCGGGGAGCCUUGAUCCGCCUGAACAUCUGGCCCGCUGUCCGAGGGGGCUGCAAACAACUGGAGCCCUGUGAGCGGUGUGUGGAAGGGGACGGAGCACACAACCGCUCAGGCUGUGUGUGGCAGCAGUGUCAGCCGGAGGAGCCAGGACACUGUGUGGCCCAUGCGGAGGUGGCCAAGGAGGGUUGCUCUGUCUACAAUCGCUCAGAGUCCUGUCCCGCUGCCCACCACCACCCCACCUAUGAGCCGAAGACAGUCACAACAGGGAGCCCCGAAGUUCCUGAAGCGCACAGCCCCGGCUUCGAUGGUGCCAGCUUCAUUGGGGGCGUCGUGCUGGUGCUGAGCCUGCAGGCACUGGCCUUCUUUGUGCUGCGCUUCCUCAAGGCCAAGGACAGCACGUAUCAGACACUGUGGGGCUCUUUCUGCCAGAUGUUGGCUGGGCCCAGCUGAACCCCUGUGUUUUUUCUCCCUCACGCUGCCAGCAGGGAGGAGAACCAGUAGGUGAUGGCCCAGGCGAGUCUUCGGCCCAUCGGGCCGUGGGCGGGAGCCUGGCUGUGUGCGCUGUGUGACUUCUGUGGAGAGGGCGGCUGUGCGGGCCGUGUGCCGUGGGGGGGAGCAGGUUAAUGAAAGUGCGGGCUCUGCCAGCUGCGCCUGCUCUCUGGGGGUGGGGGCCCUCCCCUGGCUGAGACUGGCUCACCGCCCUAUGUAUCCUCUCUGGGUGGCCUCCACAGUAUCUGACUCCCUUGGGCCUGGACUCUACGCUGGGGGCAGGAGGGCACAGAGGCUGCCCUCCUGUGGGAACAAGGGUGGGAGAGACUUUGGCCCUCAGGGUCUGGCCCCUGUGGGCACUGAGGGGCUCAGCAUCUGAUGCCUGACACCCCCUCCUCCUGGGCCUGGC